AUGAAGAAAACAAAGAGAAAAGGUGGCAAAAGAGAUAAGAAGGGUAAGAAGAAAGCUGUUGAAAAAAAGGAUAAUGCAAGGAAGAUGGAUGUUGAAAAAAGGGAUAAUGCAAGGAAGAAAGGUGGGCCUAAACAUACUACUAGGCCCAAUGACAAAUAUGGGCCCAAUAUAACUGUUGGGCCUACAUCUACUAAUGGGUCUACUCCUACUGCUAGGCCUAGUCCUACUGCUGGUGGGUUAGAAUUUGGUGUUGGACCGGGUAUAGCAGAGGAAGGGGAUGACAUCUUUAGUGAUGAGUCUGAUGGUUUAGGAUUUGAGUCAGAGGGGUUUGAUACACCUCAAUCAUCAGACAAUGAGGGAGAUGAUUUUGAUUGGCCCCAAUUCAAUGAGGAAGCAGACUUUGGUGAUGUUCAACUUCAAUUGAACAUGGAGUUUGUCACAUUGGAUCAAUUCAAGCAUGCCUUAAAGGACUAUACUAUUGCUGAAGGAAGGAGGAUUUUUUAUGUUAAAAAUGAUAAUAGAAGAGUGAGAUGCAAGUGUGCAAGUGGGGAAGAGAAGGCUAUGAUUGCAAAGGCUAAAUGUAAGGCUAAAAGGAAAGAGACUGAUGCUGCAGAAGUGGAUAAUUCUGGAGAGAAUAGAACUGCUAUUGUCCCUAGCAGUGAUGAUAAUGAAUGUCCCUGGCUGAUUUAUUGUGCCUGGAAUAGUGCUAGAGGGUGCUACCAGAUUAAGACGUAUGAGCCUAAACAUACUUGUGCUAGGGAAUUCGGGUCUAACAUGGCUGAUCAGAAAUGGGUGGCUGAUAAAUUAGAGAAGAGGUUAUUGACCCAACCUCACAUGACUCAUGGCAAAGCUUUUGAUCAUAUUAAGAUAGACUUUAAUGUGGUGUGCAGUGACAAGAUGAUUUAUAGAGCUUUAAGGGUUGCUAGGAAAAGGGGUGUAAAAGGGGGGUUUAAGGCUGGUUGCAGACCACUGAUUGGGUUGGAUGGAUGUCACUUGAAAGGAUAUUAUGGGGGGCAAUUGUUGUCUGCUGUAGCUCAAGAUGCAAACAAUCACUUCUAUGUGAUUGCCUAUGCGGUGGUUGACAGUGAAACAAAACAAAGUUGGAAGUGGUUUUUACAACUUCUUCAAGAAGAUAUUGGUAACUGCUCAACAGAAGAAUGGAAUUUUAUCUCGGAUCAACAGAAGGGUUUACUGCCUGCUUUGCAUGAGGUGAUGCCAAAUGCACACCACAGGAAUUGUGUAAGACACAUUUGGAAGAAUUUUAUUGGGAAGUUUAAGGACAAACAACUAAAAAAUAUAGUGUGGGCAUGUGCAAAGAGUAGUACAGAUGCAGAGUUCCAACAUCAUAUGCGGAGGCUAAAGAGGAUGAACGAAGAAGCAUGGGCAUAUCUUGCAAAGUUUCAACCCUCUUGCUGGACCAAAUCUUAUUUUAGUCAUUGGCCAAAACUUGACAACGUGACCAACAACAUGAGUGAGGUCUGGAACGCCAAAAUUAACCACUAUAGGGGAAAGCCUAUUCUCACCAUGUUGGAGGAGCUUCGUUGCUACUUGAUGAGGAGAAUGGCAAAACACAAGAAGAUUCUAAGCACCUACACUGGAGUACUAGCACCAGUUCAGCAAAGAAAAUUGGAGGACCUUAUGAAGGAUACUAAAUUCUGGACGGCUCAAUGGAUUGGUGACAAUGAUCGUAACGUGUUUGAGGUGCAGACACAUUCAAAGAAGGUUGGUGUUAAUCUUGGAAGGCAUACUUGUACCUGCAAUAUGUGGCAACUGACAGGAAUACCAUGUGUUCAUGCAUUAGCAGCUAUUCAAAAGUGGUGUGAUAGGCCAGAACUAUAUGUGCAUCCUUGGCUAAAGAUGGAUGCAUUUAAAGCAACCUAUGAGCAUGUCAUGAAACCUGUCAACUCAGAAGAGUAUUGGGUGAAUACUGGAUUACUAUCUCCAGAGCCACCCAUCAUUAGGAGACCUGCAGGCCGCCCCAUGAAGAAAAAACGGAAGGCGGACCCUGUUGAAGACGCGCGUGAUAGAUCAAAAGGACGACGAACAUUCAAGGUUACCUGUCAAAAAUGUGGCGAAUCUGGCCACAAUGCAAAAACAUGCAAGGGACCACCAAGGCUUAAACCCCCACCAAAGAAUAAAGGUAAAAAAAAGGGUAAUGAAAAUGGAUCCACCAUUGCAACAGGUCACAGGAAGAAGUACAAGUAA